UACYACGGUUGAGGAUGGACAUUGCAAUUCCAGACUUUACUUGAUGGAAGCUGCAUCCUGAAUAGAUGUUCGGCCAUCGGCUUGUGAGAAAACACAAAUAUGGGCAUUGUUGUUUUAUCCUCUCUGCCCUUCUCCCUGACCUGUUGAUGAAGCUCUAUCCCAGKCAAAGAUGAGGAUAUGGUGGGAAGUGUUUAAUUAGUGCAUCUGCUCCUGUGUGUGUGUGUAACAAGUAGAGUCUACACAUUGCUUCUUCCAGCCUAGCAGCUCUUCGUGGUGACUGGCUACAGGGAUAUAGUGGGAGGGGCCUUGCCAUUACUCCCAUAGCUAGUAACCAGAGGGCCAACUGCAGCUGAAAUCAAGAGGCUGGAGGCUUAGUGAAAAAGAGGGAAACRUGCAGUCUAGGAAUGACACCAUCUACCCGGCGUACCCACUGACUGUAUCCCCUCCUCCUGCCUAUAAAAGAACCUGAAGAAUUGGACUGUGUGCACUUCGAUAUUCCAGAGGAUAGCAAUACAACAAUAUUUAACCUCGAAAAACAUUCAACUGMAAAGGCAGUGACCCAAAAGGAGAGCUUUGGGUAACAUUUUUACAAUAACAUUUUUGUUUUAAUUCUUAUAAAUGUUUUAUGUUGGCUUACUGGUGGUCUUGAGUGGCUGCCUGGCCCUGGGGRCAGGCUACAGGAAAACUACAGACCCAACAGCUGCUAAGAGACAGUACCAGAUCCAAAAUGGCCCGUGCAGCUACACCUUCCUGCUGCCUGAACAGGACAACUGCAAGACCCCAAGCAGCACCUACACCAACCUGGUCCAGAAGGACGAUCCGGCAGAGUAUGAUGAGUCGGUCCAGAGGCUAGAGCAGCUGGAGAACAUCAUUGAGAACAACACACAGUGGCUCCUCAAGCUGGARAACUACAUACAGGAAAACAUGAAACAGGAGAUGUUCCAGAUCCAGCAGAAUGCAGUGCACAACCACACGGCAGCCAUGAUAGAGUUUGGAACUAACCUGCUGAGUCAGACCGUUGAACAAACACGGAAGCUGACUAACGUAGAGGCRCAGGUAAUAAAUCAUACAACUCGGCUCGAACGUCAGCUUCUUGAGAACUCUCUAUCAACGAGUAAGUUGGAAAAACAGCUCAUUUUCCAAACAAAUGAAAUAACCAAGCUGAAUGACAAAAACAGCUAYCUGGAGAAGAGGGUGGGGGAGAUGGAGGAGCAGAGGCAGGUGGAGCUGAAGACGCUGAAGGAGGAGAAGGAGCAGCUCUCUACACUGGUACUGAGACAGACGGCUGUCAUCGAGGAGCUGGAACAACAGCUGCUGCGGGCCACCACCAAUAACUCUGCCCUGCAGCGGCAGCAACAGGAGCUGCUUGAGACCGUCAACAACCUCAUCUACACAAUCUCUAUCCCCACAGGUGGAGGGAACAAGCCUACCAUGAUGCAGGACACACCAACCACAUACCCAGACUGUGCUGCUGUCUACAAGUCAGGAAACACAGACAGUGGAGUCUACUCACUGACCCUUCCCAAUACUACACAGGAGAUUAAGGCUUACUGUGACAUGGAGACAGAGGGGGGUGGAUGGACAGUACUACAAAAACGAUUUGAUGGCCGUGUUGACUUUCACCGUACGUGGAAAGAGUACAAAAUGGGCUUUGGAAACCCUUCAGGUGAAUACUGGUUGGGAAAUGAGUUUGUUUCGAUACUGACCAAUCAGCACCCAUACGUCUUGAGAAUACAGAUGAUGGAUUGGGAGGAAAACGCAGGAUUCUCACUAUAUGACCAGUUCUCUCUAGGAAGUGAAGCAGAAAACUACAGAAUACACCUUAAAGGCUACAGUGGCACAGCAGGCAAAAUUAGUAGCCUUGGUCAGCCGGGAAGUGAUUUCAGCACAAAAGAUGCAGACAACGACAAAUGUGUUUGCAAAUGCUCACAACUGACAACAGGAGGCUGGUGGUUUGACGCCUGCGGCCCCUCCAACUUGAACGGAAUAUUUUUCCAGCAGGGCCAGAACUCAAAUCGAUUCAAUGGAAUCAAAUGGUACUACUGGAAAGGCUCAGGCUACUCACUGAAGUCCACCACAAUGAUGAUCAGACCAGUAGACUUCUGAGGCUGUGACAGAGACAUGCCUCUCACAGACAUGCAUAGAAUGGAGAGCAGAGCUCUGUCACUCUGGGAAACAACUACACAGACAAACAAAAAAGACCAAACAGGCCAAAGUGCUCCAUAACAGCAACCUCAUCACUUCCGAACAUUCCACAAGGGAAGGAACAAUUUGCUUUGCUCCAACAAGUCACUUU